AUGCCGAGGACGGAGUUGCCACUACCCGACGGAUGGGAAGAAGCCCGAGACUUUGACGGCAAAGUCUACUACAUUGAUCACAUCAACCAGAGCACCAGCUGGAUCGAUCCUAGAGACAGGCAGACGAAGCCUCUGACGUUUGCCGACUGUAUCGGAGAUGAACUGCCCGUCGGUUGGGAAGAGGCGUUCGAUCCUGUUGUUGGGGCCUACUAUGUCGACCACAAUACCAAGAGCACCCAGCUGGAGGACCCGCGGGCCCAAUGGCAGCGGGAACAGGAGGCCAUGUUGCGGGAGUACCUGGCCGUGGCCCGCGACGCCCUCAGCGCCCAGAAGGAGAUCUACCAGGUGAAGGAGCAGAGGCUCCGUCUCGCACAGCAGGAGUACCUGCAGCUCAACAACACCUGGCGGGACAAGUCCUCAUCGCAGACCAGCUUGAAUUCCAGAACGUCCACUUCCAGCAAGUACGACCCAGAUAUCCUCAAAGCAGAAAUAGCCACAGCCAAAAGUCGGGUCAACAAACUAAAGCGGGACCUGGCCUGUAUGAAGCAAGAGCUGCAGUACAAAGAACAAGGCUUCGAGACCCUCAAAGAGAUUGACCAGAAAGUGUCCAAUAGCCCGUAUGGUUUCAAGCUGCAGGAGGCGCAGGCCAUCCUCACCGAGGUGCGGUCUAUCCGAGAUGCCAUCAGCAAUGGCGAGAAGGAGAAACAAGAGCUUAUACAGAAACUGGCGGUUCUGAAGGAUGCUUUCCAGCUAGACUCUGGCUCACAGCAGGAUCUGUGGGGCAGCAAUCCGUCGCUGGCUAACUCAGAACUGUCCAUACCCCGCCUCUACUCUGACGCCGGAUCCCAGACGGACAUCCCCGCCGAGUACACAAACAUUUCCAAUAAACUGGCAGAAAAAGUUCGUCUGAGUCUCAAGUACGAAGAAGCCAAAAGAAGGAUCGCCACCAUCGAGGUACAAAUUGCAAAGCUGGACAGCGAGGCGUGGCCGGGCCUGUUGGACCCUGAGCGGGACCGCCUCAUCCUCAUUAACGAGAAGGAAGAGCUACUGAAGGAGCUGCAGUAUGUGAGGCCGCGCCAACGCCUUGAGCCCAAUGACGCCGAGAAGCUGGAGACUGAGAAGAAGCGCCUGGAGACAGAUUUGCAGGCUGCGAGGGACAACCAGAGCAAAGCUUUGACCGAAAGACUGAGACUCCACUGCAGAAGGAACAUGUUAGUCAAGGAGCUGGAGGAGAUGGUGCGACUGGCCACAUCGUUACAAACUCAGCUCAAAAGCUUGUCUGCCAGCACCCUCUCGUGUUCCUCUGGCAGCAGUCGAGGGUCACUGACGUCGAGCCGCGGUUCUUUGGCCACCACCUCCAGCCUUGGCUCUACCUCCUCCCUCAGUUUCACCGACAUCUACCUGGAGCAACCGGAACUGGCCGACCCAGACUUCCAAAAUAAGCUGGAUAGCCUCCUGCAGGACAGCGGUCAGACGGGGUACCGGCCCUCUAACUCCAUCACCACCAUACAUGAACACGAAGUCGUGACAGGUGGCGACGUGAGGCAUGCUGACAGGCCAGAAGGCCCAACACCGGUGCUGAGUGUGGAGGCUGACAAAGUUGUGGGAGGUGAGGUGGGACCAUCCAGGAUUCAGGCACUCAGACUUUCAGAAACCCCUCGGUCCAUGAGCUCCUUAUCGCCACGCUCGUCGCUUUCUUCGCUCUCGCCUCCGUGCUCCCCGCUGGUCUCAGACGUUACCUUCAUGUCCGGGGAAGCCUUUACUGGCCAAGUUGGGCCCGGUGGGGUGAGCCUGGAUCUUGAGCUCCAGAGCAGACUAGCAGAGCUGGACCUCAGGCUGGACUCCCAAGAGCAGCGGCAGGAGGUGCGAAGCGUCCCAGGAGGGCUUGAAGAGAAGCAGAAACGAAAUGGCGGGCUGGUUGAGGAAUUAAAAGCACCAGAGUUGCAAGUGACAGCAGCGGGGCCAAAGAAGAUGGGCGUCAUCUCAGCUGUAUCUGACGAAUCUGUCGCCGGGGACAGCGGGGUGUACGAACCCUCUGAGCGCAGGCCUGGUCUUCCUUUUGACCUCCUCCUGGCCACAGAUGAGGAUCGGCUACACCUGGGCUGCCCUCAAGUGCAGCUCGGCUUCCGCUACGAGCCCCGAGACCAGCGCUUCACCGUGUCCGUCUUGCGUCUGUCCAACUGCAGCUCCCUCUGUCUGCCGGCUAACCAGAAAUUGCAUGUUCGCGUGGUGGUGCUUCCGUGCGUGGAGACAACACGCUGCCUGUUCCGAACGUGCGGCUACCCACCGCAAGAUGUCAUGGACUUUAACGAGGUAUUCGGCGUACAGCUGUCCCACAGCGCAUUGCGGCAGAAGACGCUGAGGGUGGACGUGUGCGACACCUCCAAGUCGGGCCACGAACAAUGUCUGGCCGGCGCUCAGAUCAGCCUAGCCGAUUUCAGUUUUUCAGAGGAAAGAAGAACCAAGUGGUACAAUAUGCUGAGUCAUGCUCUCCCGCCAGAGGUUACCGUCAAGAACAAGGAACUUGCCGCAGCUAAGGGUUUGGACGGGACUGGAGCUUCCAGCGGCGACAGAGUUCUGGAUGUUGAGGAAGCACUGCGCGGCGAACUGCUGGAACUGUUUAACGACGAGGAAGAGCUCUGUGCUUUGAGCACAGAGCCGUUGGAGGAAGAAGACUUAUUCUAUGCUGACGGUGGCCAAUGGGAGGCAGAGGAGCAGCAGCAGCGGGAAGACGAAGAUGUUGAGGAGAGGGAGACAAAAGCGUCCCUCCGAGACACUAUGAAAGAAAUGGUCAACAAGGAGACGAGUAUGGACGGCUUAUCGUCAUCCAGUCACCAUUCGGUGGUCAGGCCCAAGGAACGACGCGCCAACCUCCCACAGCAGCAUGCCUUCAUGCGCGGCAACGCAAUCAUCCGCUCCAAAACAUUCUCCCCGGGACCGCAGAGCCAGUACAUCUGCAGGAUCAACCGUAGUGACAGCGACAGCUCCACGCUGUCUAAGAAGUCUCCGUUUGUGCGGAACGCCUCAGAGAGACGCAGCAUGCGCAUGAAGAAGCCCCCAGUGCAAGUGAAAGGUCUGGAUGGCUUGCUACGCACUUCUCUGGACCUCGAACUGGACCUCCAGGUUUCCCGCACCCGCCAGUCGCGGCUGGCUCAGGAGCUGCAUGUGCUGCGCGAGCUGAAGGCCCAGCUGGAGACGGCACGGCAGCAGGGGCGGCGUGAGCUUCCCAUGUGGGUUCGAGAAGACGAACGCUUUCGCCUUCUCCUCAAGCAUGCUGAGAAACAGACUCAUGAGGAGCAGCUGCAUGAAAAGCGGGUUGAGAAAAUGAUGAGGGCGGCGGCGAAGGACGUCCACAAGAUUAGAGGCCGCAGCCGCAAGGAGGUCCCCGAGGUGCAGACCUUCAGAGAAAAGAUGGCGUUCUUCACACGAGCCAAGACCACCAUCCCUGACCUACCGGCCGAUGACGUCUAG